CUAUACCUCUGACGCUAUAUAAUCCGCCCCGCAUUUCGACCCCGUCACCCCGCUCGAAAAUCUACCCGCCUUUUUCGUCACCAUCUCGGCAUUUCCCUCGCAAAGGCUCAAACCCUAACCCUAAUCCUAAUCCUAAGCCUAAGGAAAAAUCCAAGAAAGAUGUUGGAACUCCGUCUAGUACAGGGCUCGCUCAUGAAGAAGGUUAUGGAGUCCAUCAAAGACUUGGUUAACGAUGCCAAUUUUGACUGCUCGGCCACUGGGUUCUCGCUCCAGGCCAUGGACUCGAGUCACGUUGCUCUGGUUGCUCUGCUCCUUAGAUCCGAGGGCUUCGAGCACUACCGCUGUGACCGCAACAUUUCCAUGGGCAUGAACCUCAACAACAUGUCGAAGAUGCUGAAGUGCGCUGGAAACGAUGAUAUCAUCACCAUCAAGGCCGACGAUGGUAGCGACACCGUCACCUUCAUGUUCGAGAGCCCCACGCAAGACAAGAUUUCUGAUUUUGAGAUGAAGCUGAUGGACAUUGAUAGCGAGCACCUUGGAAUUCCAGAGGCAGAAUACCAUGCUAUUGUUCGGAUGCCUUCAGCCGAGUUUGCUAGGAUUUGCAAAGAUCUCAGCAGUAUUGGUGACACUGUUGUCAUCUCUGUGACUAAGGAAGGUGUGAAGUUCUCCACAAGAGGUGAUAUUGGAACAGCAAAUAUUGUUUGCAGGCAGAAUACCACGGUAGACAAGCCGGAAGAAGCAACAAUCAUAGAGAUGAAUGAGCCAGUGUCAUUGACGUUUGCGCUGAGGUAUAUGAAUUCCUUUACAAAGGCAACCCCUUUGUCGAGCAUGGUUACGAUUAGCUUGUCUUCAGAGCUUCCUGUGGUGGUUGAAUACAAGAUUGCAGAGAUGGGUUAUAUUAGGUUCUACUUGGCUCCAAAGAUAGAAGAGGACGAAGACGAGACAAGGCCCUAAAGUUUAGGUUUUAUGUAGCACUCAACUCAAUCUCCCCCCCGUGCACGCAAUUUGUCCGUGUUUUAAAACCCAGUUGAGAAUAUGUUUCUUAUACUUGGUUUUUAUAUCUUUGUGGGCAAUCGAUUGGCGGUUUAGAAGAAUUCUACAAAUCCGAUGGAUCUGUUUAUGUUUUGUGAUUUAGAUUAGGAGGAACUGUCGUAUGUAUUUUUGUUGGUUUGUAGUAUUUAUGGUUUCUGAAAAUUGAUCUCAAGUUUCGGAAAACUCAGAAUGAACAAGAAUAGAUUGAGUGGACUGUUAACUAUU